ACAAGCAAGGCAGCAGCAUUCCUGAUGAGAGAGCUAUUUCAUUACAACUGGAAAUGCCUUUAGGGAAGAAAGCUCGCGCUACAUCUGCGUUGGGGAAGCUGGAGACUCUGCGUAUCCCCAGUGUCCUAGCUGAGCUUGGACCUAGAGCCCGUGAUGCCCAGCAGAGUGACAGAUUAACCCUGGAUGGCAGAUGCAUUCUGAAGCGUGAUGACUCCAAAGACAGGAGAGAGCACCCGGAGUGGCUGCAGCGAGAGAUUCUAAGGCAGGCACAGCGGCGGCACUCGGUUCCUCUUGGCAACAUGUUCUCCUUGGCCGAACGGCACCUCCGUAUUACCGAAUCUAUGCGGAGCUUCUACAAGCUUAAGCAUUCAGAUUUGCUAAAUUGCUUGAUUGAGGAGAAGGUAACACUUGAAAAUCUAAUGAGCCUGAAAUAUGCAUUUGAGGAAUAUGAAAAAGGUGGCAAGAAAUCAUUGGACAUGAUGAAUUUCAGCUUGAUGGUUAAGAAAUGCUGUGGAUUACAUAAAGUUAAGAAUGAGCUAAUCCAGGAGCUCUUCAAGAAGAUCGACUACUUGGGAAAUGGCAAGAUACGAUGGGAUGAUUUCUGCACCUACAUGCAGCUGGAAUACAAGGAGAAGGAAGAGUCCAUUUCUCGUAGCAAGCAGGUGGCAUUUGUUCUUCCUGGCUCCACUGUGACCAUGUGCCAUGGGGAGCCAAUGGUAAGGAUCUGCUACAGCCCUAAUGGCACUGUGGUCACCAUCCGGGAAGACGGGACAGCCUUCUACUGGACCCCUGAGCUUCAGCUGAAGAAACGCAAGAUGGUGUUCCAAGAAAGACCAGUGAAUCGAAAGCCAAAAUGGGCAACUGAUUUUAUCACGAUGCCGCAGUUCAACAAGCUGAUCAUUGGAACGGGGGAUCGGGAGAUCCAGUUCUAUGAGUUUUCGUCCCUGGACCCUUACUGCCAAAUCGGUGCCCUGGAGACCAUACCUUUAAAGUUGGACUACUGCUACAAAGGCCCUGAUGAGUGUGUGAUCCUGUUUGGAGAUGCUCAGGGCUGCGUGAACAUCAUAUUAAUGGAAAUGGUUGGAGAAACACUGAGAAUGUGGAAAAAAUCACCAAAAGUCGAAAAUGUGCCCAGUGUUGCCAUAGAAAACGUUGUUCUAUCCCCAAGUGUGCGAUUUAUUCGGUGGAAGGUUCAUGAUGACUGGGUGAACGAGGUACGGUAUUUCGCGAGCACCUCCACCGUUAUCUCUACCUCGAACCAUGAGCUGACUGCCCUCGUUAUCGGUUGCUUAACUUCGACAACCAAGCUUAAGCAGCAGGUGGAAGAGGUCAGGGAGGCCACCAGAGAGGUAAAACCCAAAAAGACGGUGCCCGGGCUCGGCCUCCCCCAGCUAAGAACAGCCUGGGACCAGACUGUCUUCUCAGUCUAUAAGGGUGUCAAAACCUUUGACUUCUGCAAUAAACACAGGCUGCUUGUCACCGGAGGGCUUGACCGACUCAUACGUACGUGGAACCCCUAUGUGCCAGGGAAGCCCACGGGGACACUAAAGGGACACUCCGCUCCAAUAUUCUACUUGUGCAUCUCAUCAGAGGACAACCGGAUCUUCUCUGUUUCCACGGACAACAUGGUUAAAAUCUGGGGCAUCCAUGACCAAUCAUGCCUAUUCCAGGCUCACCCCAAAGCCAGCCUGAUCUGUGGGGAAAUGACGGCCUGCCUAUACUCCUCCUCUGUUAGAGCUCUCUAUGUCGCCACGGACUCCAUUUCCCAGCUGUGCCUUAAGACGCGGCCGCCUCCCCAGGGUCACCUGGUCAUGUCCCACCGGGAGCCAGUGCUGUGCUGUGGCUACAGUGAGGAGCUUCAUCAGGUGGUCAGCUGCAGCGAGCAGUCUGUGGUGAAAGUAUGGGAUUGUGAUACAGGAACUCAAGUCUUUGAGUUUGGAAAUGCCCAUGGAUUCUCUGCUAUUUCCUGUCUAACCUUUGACUCAAAGGGAAGGAGACUGAUCACUGGAGGGAGGGAUGGCUCCCUUAAAGCCUGGAACUUCAAUAAUGGCCAGUGCCUGAAGAUUUUUAGGGAAGAUGGAGAAAGUCACAAAGUCUGUGACUGCGCCUACCUCACAGUAAACAGGAAGUCGUAUGUGAUGUCUGUGGGCUGGGACAGGAGGAUCCAUGUUUACCCCGAUUCUCCGGAGGACAUCUUCCACAUCCAGAAACCCCUGCCUCCAUGGCCGGAUGACCUGAGGAGCGGCCACAAAGACGACAUCCUGUGCAUGGCGCUGUGUCCCCCCACACUGCUGGCCACUGGCAGCCAUGAUGGCGAGGUCCUCGUGUGGAACAUGGUCUCUGGACACCUGCAGUGCCACAUCCUCACACCUUCCCCUCCAGGCUGUGUGUACAAUGCACCUUCAUAUGUUGACAUCAGCGUUUUGAGCAUCCUUUUCAUGAGGACCCAGCUGCUGAACACAGGUCACAUGGCUGCUGCCUGCAUGGUAUCAUCAGGAGCCAGAGGCUACAUCCAUUUCUGGAAUGUUCUGAACGGAGGGCAGCUCUUGGCAAGCUUUGAAGCGUCCAGGCUGAAACGCCAGAUUACCAAAAUGGCUCUUUCCAAGCAGGAGAACUGGCUGUAUGUUGCUGAUGAGGUUGGCUACAUCUCUGUUUUUGAGAUUGAUGCAUAUGCACUUGUGCCAGAUCAGCAGCAGACGGCACCAAAGGCUGUCAACUAUUGGCGUGGACAUGUUGGCAGCAUCACGGGCUUGCAGGUGAUCACCGCUGAGGAAGUGCUGCUUACAUCCUCCGUGGAUUGCACCGUGCGCCUCUGGAGCAUACACGGGGAAUUCAUAGGGACAUUUGGGCAGGCUGAUCGCUGGAGCAUCCACACUCCAUCCUCCUGGCAGCAUCCCACGGCCCCGCAUGAGGUCCUCAUUGACCCCUUGAGUAUGCCGGCUUCCCUGCCAUUGAAGAGUGGGCACCAAGUCUCAGUGGAAAACAGCCUGGACACUGAAAAGGAUGCCAACAAAGCAGAUGACAGAAAUCCUGACUCCCGCAGCAAGCCUCCAUUGCCAUCGCUCAGCAUCUCCGACAGUGACAUUGAGAAUGCUGUCAACAAUGCCUGUUACCCGACCGAGCCUGGGAAGCGGCUCCGCCAUGAAAUAUUCAAGCACACGAACAAGCUACUCAACCACGGGGGGGACAAAGUUUACCACUCUCUGAAGUAUUUUGACAUUGUUGACACUUCAACCAUCUCGCCGAGUCCUGAUCUUCAUGCUGGAAUCAAACCUUUAGCAUCCAACUUUAUGGAGAUUUCAGCUUGUGAAUCUUGAUUUCUUAAUCUAAGUACAGGCAGUUGACAUUGAUUCAUUGACCUUAGAAGCUGCCUGGUUUUUAAAUUCUAUGCAGAUUUAUUCCUAUUUAUUUCGUGAAUCAGCAUCAGUUCAACAGUGAAACUGAAAAGCGGGUGAAGCCCUAAUGGGAAGAUUGUAAAGUAAAUCUCUUUCUUCUUUGAGUGUAAUAAAUACUUUAUUCCAGUACAACAAGCCAUGUA